CAGAGCCGAGGGUGGCCAGAGGUGUGACAGUGUGUGGACAAACACGGGCAGAGACACUCUCCGCCAGCGUUAUUUAUUUUUAUUUAUUUUUUAUAUCAGAAAGAAAAAACUAAAUCCAAGUUUUUCUGUACAUGAACUGGAAAGGUUAUGAUUCAUAUCUUUAGAUGUUUUGCAGCACUCUGACUGGCUGAGGAGGUUUUAUUGGCGUUCAAGUUGUUUCUCUGGACAAAGUCACCGCGGCGCACGGACUACGAUGCAAAGGAUUUUGGAGGUUUGGCUGACCUUAGUGACACUGUGCGCCCUGGCGGCGGGGGUCUUCGGGGGCUACGGGCUGAGCAUGUUUGCUGCCCAGUCCUCUCCUCCGGACCCGUGCUACGACGAGAACGGCAACCCCCGAAGGUGCAUCCCCGACUUUGUCAACUCUGCCUUCGGCAAGGACGUGCGCGUGUCCAGCACGUGUGGCUUCCCCGCGGCCAGGUACUGCGUCGUGGCCGAGAAGGGCGACGAAAGGACGCGGGAAUGCCACACCUGCGACGCGGGGGACCCAAAGAAAUGUCACCCAUCCGCUUAUUUGACGGACCUGAACAAUCCGCAUAACCUCACCUGCUGGCAGUCUGAGAACUACGCGCAAUAUCCCCAAAACGUCACUCUCACCUUGUCUUUGGGCAAGAAGUUCGAGGUCACCUACGUGAGCCUUCAGUUUUGCUCACCCAGACCAGAAUCCAUGGCCAUCUACAAGUCCAUGGACUACGGCAAGUCCUGGGUGCCCUUCCAGUACUACUCGACCCAGUGCAAGAAGAUGUACAACCGGCAGAACAAGGCGGUGAUCACCAAGCAGAACGAGCAGGAGGCCAUCUGCACGGACUCCCACACGGACAUGCACCCGCUGACCGGGGGUCUCAUCGCCUUCAGCACCCUCGACGGAAGACCCUCGGCGCACGACUUCGACAACUCCCCGGUCCUCCAGGACUGGGUGACGGCCACCGACAUUAAGGUGAUCUUCAGCCGGCUGCACACCUUCGGUGACGAGAACGAGGACGACUCGGAGUUGGCCCGAGACUCCUACUACUACGCCGUGUCGGACCUGCAGGUGGGCGGACGGUGCAAGUGCAACGGCCACGCGUCCAAGUGCGUCAAGGACAGAGAAGGUCAUCUGGUGUGCGAGUGCAAGCACAACACGGCGGGACCCGAGUGCGACAGGUGCAAACCUUUCCACUACGACCGGCCCUGGCAGCGCGCCACGGCGAGGGAGGCCAACGAGUGUGUGGCCUGCCACUGCAACCUUCACGCCCGUCGCUGUCGCUUCAACAUGGAGCUGUACAAGCUGUCAGGCCGCAGGAGCGGAGGUGUCUGCCUGAACUGUCGUCACAACACGGCGGGCCGUCAUUGCCACUACUGCAAGGAAGGGUUCUACAGGGACAUGACCAAGUCCAUUUCACACCGGAGAGCUUGCAAAGCAUGCGACUGCCAUCCAGUUGGAGCAGCAGGGAAGACGUGUAACCAGACGACAGGCCAAUGCCCUUGCAAGGACGGCGUUGCAGGAAUCACAUGUAACCGCUGUGCCAAGGGUUACCAGCAGAGUCGCUCCCCUAUUGCCCCCUGCAUCAAGAUUCCAGUUGCAUCCCCUACAGCGACUUACAGCAGUUACGAUGAGACAUCAGAUUGCGAAUCCCACUGUAAAGCUUCCAAAGGGAAGAUGAAGAUCACCAUGAAGAAGUACUGUAAAAAAGACUACGCUGUCCAGGUGCAUGUGCUCAAAGGGGACAAGGCAGGAGAGUGGUGGAAGUUCACCGUCAACAUCAUAUCAGUCUACAAACAAGGGGAGCACCGCAUCCGUCGUGGGGACCAGCUCCUGUGGGUGCGCGCCAAAGACGUCGCCUGCAAAUGCCCCAAGAUCAAACCCGGCAGGAAGUACCUGCUCAUGGGCUCGGACGAUGACGACUCCCCCGGGCAGAGCGGAGUGGUGGCGGACAAGGGAAGCCUGCUCAUCCCUUGGAAGGACCUGUGGGGACGCCGCCUCCGGAAGUUCCAGCAGCGUGACAAGAGGGGAAAGUGCUAGAGAAAAAAAGGAGAGAGGGAAGGAGGGAGGGAGAAGUGAAGGCAAACCUCCAAUAGGAUGCAAGGAAGAAGGGAUGACAAACAAAACUGGAAGAAUAAUUCCGAGAAAGAUACAGGUCCAGUAGACUGAG